AACAUUCAUUAGUCCUUUCAACAUCAUACGGGCGACAUAGUAGACAACAUGCCUUCGCGUUUUGAUCAAGGUACAGCAGGUACCGGCUAUAGCAGCAUUCAUUCCGCCGAUGCCUUCGUUGGCGACUACCAAGUCAUGUACACGCCCGGCAAUUCACCACCAAGCCAACGACCCCAGAAAAAAGCGACUCGCUUUAGUAGAGCAGUCUCCUCGAAAUCACAACACAGCCAGUCCAUCAUGCUACCAACCAACAUCCCCAACACAUCUCAAAUCCUCGCGGACAACGGCUCCCUACCGAACGUUCAGAUCCACUACACGGUUCCGGCCGAUGAAAAACAGAUUGUCGCUUCUCUGCGUACCCUCCAGCGUGACUUGAACGAAGCUAUGAAUACGAUCAACAUCUUGACCCGCGAACGUGACGAAGCCCUCCUCGAGCUUAGGAUGCUCCAAGCUACGUCCAAAAAGUCCACAAUGCCAGCUAGCAAGAACAAAGCGUCUGCACGCGUAGAUGAAGAACUCUUCGACCUCAGUCGCUCUCUCGAGUCUCCUAAGAGGUCUCCAGCAAGACGCGCAUCUACCAAAAGCGUUGCUGCAGAGCCGCAACAAGACCAAGCUGCAAGAACAACUGACUCGAACGACGCACGAGUUUUGUCCCCCGUCGGCGUCAACCGCCCAGCCUCACCCGUCUCCGAAAGACGAAUCGCAUCGCGAUUUGGGGACAAAUACAAGAAACCCGCCCUCAACGACACCGAGAACAGCAUGAUGGAAGACCCGACCGCAGCAUCUAAUACGUCUCGUCGUCGCCGCCGGGUCUCCCUAGACGAGAACAUGACGUCUGCAUACAUAAUCCCCGACAUUACCGUCAGUCAACCGAUCAAGGCAAAAUCACAAGCCCGACCCAAUGUCUCAAAGGAAGCCCAAAGCGUGUUACACAGCCACGACCCAGAACAUAUUGAGCACUGCGCGGUCUGCCAACGUCUGACCAGCACCACCAAGAAGACAACAAAACAAGUCACCCAUGCUGUCCCGUCAAAGAACGACCGUGUCGUGUCGCAAACAAGGGCCCGGGUUCAGCCCAUUCAGGCUGGAGACGACGAUGAUUCCGAGCUCGACCUGGAGGGAGGCAUUGGCCUUAAAAACUCCAAGAAGGAUUUCACGGCGCAAGUUACCCAGCUCAUGAAGAACGUGAUGCUCGAAGAACCUACUCUACGACCGAAGCUCAACCCUCAUCAUGCCCUUGCUAACGUCAAAAAACUUCUCACGGACCAAUUCCUCGAAGCCAAGCGCAAACACGCCGCUGCAUGGCAGAAGUACGAUGCGAUCGAGGCGCCCCUACACAGCAAGAGACACGCAGCUGCAGGCGAGGAAAUGUUGUAUUGGUCGACAAAGAUGGAGCAAUGCCGUGUGAAUCUGGAUCAGUUGCGGGAUGUCGAGGAGGGCAUGAGGACCGAGGGAAGCCAAAGUGAGAUGUGAUCGUAUUGUUUUCAUGAAUGAUAGUUGACCUACCGGGGAUUGGCGUUUACGGAAAAAGCGUUUUGGGCAGAGCUGAUGGACUUGUUGGACUAGACUCCAAGUCAAUGAUGUAUGCAUCUGUUCGUUUCUUUUCGCGAGACUUAAAGGAAGCACGUACUUGUUUUGUCAUUGAAUUCAUGUGCUGAUGUUGACAAUUGAUUCGGCCUGAAAACUCC